AAAAGGCCAAAAGGAGAAUUGUUCUAAGUAGUGGUAGCAACACGUUUGCAGAGCUGGGGAGAUUCUGUAGGAACCAAUAAUCGGAGUCCCAUCCAACGCAGUGAUGAGGGCGUUGCAAUUGCAGCUUAGAGUUGACGCCAAUUUUCUAAGGCCUUACAGUCAUUUCUGUCCUACUUCAUCACUAAACCCUUCGUCAUUGCUUGUUUGUCAACCUAUAAAAUUCUCCCAUCUCCGAAACUUUAAGCCUUCUCGAAGUUCCCGUGGAACCCAUUUCUCUACACCAUCGACUUCUUUCAUUGUAGCUUCCAUGGCCGAUAACGCCAUUCCCACAAUCCCAGAGACAGCGACAAAACCUUUCUCUGUGCUCUUUGUGUGCUUGGGAAACAUCUGCAGAAGCCCAGCUGCUGAAGGAGUAUUCAGAGACCUGGUGAAGAAGAGGGGUCUCGAUUCCAAGUUCAUAAUAGAUUCUGCUGGCACCAUUGGUUACCAUGAGGGUAAUGAGGCCGACCCAAGAAUGAGAGCAGCCUCUAAACGGCGCGGGAUAGCGAUAACAUCCAUAUCGAGGCCAAUCCAGCCAUCUGAUUUUGUAAAUUUUGAUCUUAUUCUUGCCAUGGACAAGCAAAACAGAGAGGAUAUUUUAGGGGCUUUUGAACGGUGGAGAACUAAGAAUACCCUCCCUCCUGAUUCGCAUAAGAAGGUCAAAUUAAUGUGCUCAUACUGUAAAAGGCAUAAUGAAACAGAGGUACCGGAUCCUUAUUAUGGUGGGCAACAAGGUUUUGAGAAGGUUCUGGACUUGCUUGAAGAUGCGUGUGAAUCACUGUUGGAAAGCAUCUUAGCAGAGAACAAACACUUUUCAGGUUAAUGAUCUCUGGAUAGGUACUUCAUUCAUGCAAAAUAAUGCAAAUUAUUCAAGUAACGCAAUGGUUAAUCCCUUUGUGGAAUGGAUAUAUUUCAAGUCAUAUGGUAUGUGUAUCCGCUGAACAAAUAUUGUUUUCAUUUGAAUAAAUUCAAAGUCUUUUCAGACUUUGGUUUUAGAAUCUA